AUGCCACAGGGAAUUGAGCUUACCUCAGAACCACUGAGAAAACCACGGUCUACUGAGAGUUCAUUACUCAGGAAGAUACAAAGAGCAUGUAGAUCCACGUUGCCUGAACCGGAUUUAGGCUUGAAUUUAGAUGUUGCAGAUUAUAUAAACUCGAAGCAGGGGGCAACCCCUAGAGAAGCUGUAUUAGCGAUUGAAAAAUUAGUCAAUAAUGGAAACACACAAGCGGCAGUUUUCGCACUUUCACUACUAGACGUCUUGGUGAAAAAUUGCGGCUAUCCUUUACAUUUGCAAAUAUCCAGGAAGGAAUUUUUAAACGAUCUGGUGAAAAGGUUCCCAGAGCAACCACCAUUGAGAUAUUCCAAGGUCCAGCAAAUGAUCCUUAAGGCCAUUGAAGAAUGGUAUCAAACGAUCUGCAAACAUGCCAGUUACAAAGAUGAUCUUCAAUAUAUAAAUGACAUGCACAAAUUGCUGAAAUACAAAGGUUAUACUUUCCCAAAAGUUGAGAAGGAAAAUUUGGCGGUGUUGAGCCCAAAUGACCAAUUGAGGACGACUAGUGAACUGCAGGAAGAACAGGAAAGAGCUCAAGCUGCGAAACUAGAGGAGCUCCUAAGAAGCGGUAAACCUGAUGAUUUGAAGGAAGCUAAUAAAUUAAUGAAAGUCAUGGCGGGAUUCAAAGAUGACGCUAAGUUAGCUGUCAAAGAGGCAAUCAACAAUGAGUUAAAUAAACUCAAAAGAAAAGCUGAUUUGCUCGAUGAAAUGUUGAAUUCUACUGCUGAACCCGAUUUAGAAAAUGAAACCAUUCAAGAGUUGUAUGGCGACUUGAAGUCAGCGCAACCAAAAUUCAAGAAGCUGAUUGAAGAAGAACACGAUGACAAUGCGCUCGUAAGCAACCUACUGAAAUUUAAUGACUCAGUGGUUCAGUUGCUAGAAAAAUACAACUUGAUAAAAAGUUUGAAGGGAGAAGGACAAAGUGCUAUCAAUAUGAAUGAAUCCACAAAAGAGUUUAGUUUGAUAGAUUUUGGUGACGACCCAGCUGCAAAUAUUCCACCUGCACCAUCUUCAGGCAAACCUUUACAACCUUCCGAAGAUCUCUUAGGAGAGCUCAAUUGUUCAAGCCUGUCAUCUUCACCAAAGCCUCAAAAAAACAGUGCAUUUGUUACUGAUAUAUUUAGAGACAGUCGAUCAAAGACUGAUAUUGAUUUAUUAGAUUUUGAUUCACCAUCUAUAGAAAGUAUGCCUGCCAACUCAUCAUGUUCCAACUCAUUUGAUCCACUUAUCAAUUUGAUAAAUAACUCAGGUAACAUCGAAGAAGAUUCUGCUCAGUUACAAAAACAAACACUUAACGAAUCAGAUCACUUAAGAAUUGAUUAUAAAAUAGUUCGUGAAUCCCAGGCAAAAAUACGUUUAACUAUCUUCUACUCGAACUUAGGGUGCGAUCCAAUCACUAACGUUACACUUCAGUUAGCAUCUCCUAAAAGUACAACAUUAUUGUUGCAGCCACAAUCAGGAAAUUAUCUUCAAAGUAACGUCAAAAAUGGUAUUCAACAGAUCGUUUCAAUCGAAGGUAUGCCCCUUACUUCAGGAAAGGCUAUUAAGUUGAAAUGGAAAGCUAAUUACAGCAUCAAGGGGGUAUCAAAGGAAGAAUCAGGAACCACUACUUUACCUAUAUGA